AUGGAGACGGCCGAGGGUCGCCCAGGGGUGGCAGCGACGCUGCGGGCGCUGAACGGGGCGCUGGGGCGGUCCGCCGCGCUCUGGAUAAAGGAAAGCGGAGCCCGCAAUUUGCGGCACCGGGACUUCCUGGCACCGCGGGCCGCGCUCGGUGCAAUCUUCCCCAAUGGGCAGGUGCCCGCCGGCGUCCUGGCGGGCGUGGCGUCAUUGGGAGGCCCGGGGGUGCUGGCGGUGCGGGGCUGCCAGGAGACUCCAGCGGGGUUGGUGGUACAGGUGCAGCGCCCCGAGGCCUUCCGGCGCUUGCUGGGUUUCCUGCCUGGCCCAUCACCCGCGGCAGGGGCACAGCAGAGAUGGAUUGUGCUGCACUGCCCGGCCCUGCGCGACCCCGUCGCCCUGCGGCCCCGCCACUUGCGCCCUCUCCUGCUGGCUGACCACCUGGCCCAGCUUCUGCGUGCCCAGGGGGUCAGCGUCCACCUGGUCCCUGCACUUGCUAAGGAGGGGAGCCAGGAGCUCCUACAGCAGCUCCGCAUCGACUGGCCCUCCAGCUCUGGGGGUUUGGCCCUCCCUGACAUCGUUGUGGCCUUGAAGCAAGCGCUGGGCAAGUCCCCCUAUGCCACAGGCUGUGAGGAGGGGGCAGGGAAAGCUGCACUGCCUGAGGAUGUCAUCUGUAAAGUGCACUUGAAGAACUUUGUGGAGCAGCAGGGCUUGGUGGGCUAUGACCCCAAUCUAGAUGUCUUGCUUGUGACGGAGGGGAAACUGCGGUCCCUGGCUGAGCUGCAGCAAGCUGUUCUGCAGUGCACUGCUGGAGACCAGGGAAGCUGCUGCAGCAUUGUGCAUGUGGUGAGCUGUGAGGAGGAAUUCCAGCAGCAGCAGCUGGAUCUGCUGUGGAGGAUUUUGGAUCCAAGAGCCCACACGGCUUUGCAGAAACAUCUUAUCUGUGGGCCAGUGAAGGUGACAAACCCCUCAUCACCCAUUGGGGCAGACCAGUACUUCCAGCUCCGGAAGCGCCAGAUGUAUGAAGCUUCUGUGAUGAAGUACGGGGAGCUCGCACAAGAUGAGUCCUGGACUGAGGUGAUUGAUACCCUUACAGUGGCUGCCAUCAGGUUUGAGAUGCUGAGCACUGCUCACCGGAGUCAGAUAACCUUGGAUCUGGAGGACAGCAGCAUCUCCACCAAGGGAACCAAGAGUGGUGCCUUCGUGAUGUACAACUGUGCCCGGCUAGCCACGCUCUUUGGCACCUACCAGCAGGCUGUGGAGCAGGGUACAUACCCACCUCUACCACCAGCAUCAGAACUGAAAUAUUCCUGCCUCCGUGAAGAGGGUGAAUGGCUCCUGCUCUUCAACUAUCUGCUGCCCUUCCCUGAAGUCCUGCAGCAGGCAGCAGAGCUGCCAGCAGCCACCAAGGGGAUCCGGAUCACAGCCAGCACAGAGACAGUGUGCAAGUUCCUGAUCCAGCUUAGCAUGGAUUUCAGCUCUUAUUACAACCGGGUCCAUGUCCUAGGGGAGCCAUUCCCUCACCUCUUUGACCAGAUGUUUGCCCGCCUCCAGUUGCUGGGAGCAGUGAGGGAUGUGUUCCACAGUGCACUGGCAACUCUACACCUCCCUCCUCUCAGCCAGAUCUGACCCACCACUGAAGUGUGCUACAAUGGGACAGGCACCAGGACAGUGCCC